ACCUUUCUUUCUGUAGCCGUUGCUGUGUUGCACGUAUCGAGCUCGGGCAUGUAGUGACAGCAGCGGCGGAGGCAGGAGAAGCUGAACGAUGUUACUGCUGUUACUCCUAAAGGGGGUCCUAAAGGUGCUGAUAUUUUAACUAAUACGUCUUAAAAUGCCCUUUUAGCCCCUCUUUCCUGGGCGUCGUUGUUCGGUCGGUUCAUGGUCGUGGACUGCGGCGUGUUUUCGGGCGGGUGGAGGAGGAGGAGGAGGCUGAGGCUCUCCGGGUUUUUCUUCUGCUACUUUUAUUUAUUUUGUUUUAGUAUGGCUCUCCGUGACCGACACAGGUCUGAAAACAGGAGCUGGUGAGGGUGUGUAGGCGACCGGGUGGUGUCUCUGCCUUUCCUCCUUCGCCCCGUCCGUCCGUCCGUCCGUCCACCACUCGGGUGGGUGGCUACAGCAGCUACUACAGCCCCACCAGAGGGAAGGAGAGAGGGAGAGGGUUCCUACUGCUGGCCUGCUCGUAGUGCCCGCACAUACAGCCACCAUGGGGAACACGACCUCCUGCUGCGUGUCCUCCAGCCCGAAGCUCCGCCGAAACGCUCACUCGAGGCUGGAGCCGUACCGCCCGGAGCCCGAGCUCAGCCGAGAGGACACGGGCUGCAACCUGCAGCACAUCAGCGACAGGGAGAACAUCGACGAGCUAAACAUGGAGUACAAUCCUUCGGACCACCCACGGGCCAGCACCAUCUUCCUCAGCAAGUCCCAGACUGAUGUUGCUCCUCCCAACAAGAAAGUUCGGGAAAAGCGGAAAAGUUUGUAUGUCAACCAUCAACACCCGUCUGGUCCAAUGAGGCGCAAGUACAGCUCCUGCUCGACCAUCUUCCUGGAUGAUAGUACAGUCAGUCAGCCCAACCUCAAAUACACCAUCAAAUGUGUUGCUCUUGCAAUCUACUACCACAUAAAGAACAGAGACGUGGAUGGACGAACGCUGUUGGACAUUUUUGACGAAAAGCUUCAUCCUCUGUCAAAAUCAGAGGUGCCAGCGGAUUACGAUAAGCACGAUCCGGAGCAGAAGCAGAUCUACCGGUUUGUCCGCACUCUCUUCAGCGCCGCUCAGCUGACGGCUGAGUGUGCCAUCGUCACACUGGUGUAUUUGGAGAGGUUGUUAACCUACGCUGAGAUUGAUAUCUGUCCUGCUAACUGGAAGAGAAUCGUACUGGGAGCCAUAUUAUUGGCGUCUAAAGUGUGGGAUGACCAAGCUGUGUGGAAUGUGGACUACUGUCAGAUCCUCAAAGACAUCACCGUGGAGGACAUGAACGAGUUGGAGAGGCAGUUUCUGGAGCUGUUGCAAUUCAACAUCAAUGUGCCGUCGAGUGUGUAUGCGAAGUACUACUUUGACCUGCGCUCACUGUCUGAGGCCAACAACCUCAGCUUCCCUCUGGAGCCUCUGAGCAGAGAGAAGGCCCAGAAACUAGAAGCUAUCUCCAGGCUCUGUGACGACAAGUACAAAGACUUGAGAAAAGCAGCUAAGAAGCGGUCUGUGAGUGCGGACAAUCUGACAGUGGUGCGGUGGUCUCCUGCCAUCAUUUCCUAACAACAAAGGAGGCUGAAGAACUGCAGACAGAGAGAGACUGUCUACUAAAGCCUCUUCUUCCUGGGAGGACGCAGCACCUGCUCAGUGCUCCACCCAACCCAGGAAGCUUUUCACUUUCCACACGUGUCUUUGUUGUUCUGACAGCUGCUGUAAAUACGAGACACCAGGGCAGGAGAACUGUUGAACCUGUGUCUAAGAGGGAGGAUGGGGGGGGGGGUUUAUUCGAGCUGCAGAUGGACUCCUUAAGCAACGUUUCACAUGAGGAAGAACAUUCCAGCACCUCUCAGUGUGUCUUACGUGAUUGGCAUUCUGAAUUAGGAAGCAUUCUGAACUUAUUUUGUAUGAUUUACACAUUCCUUCCUUUUAUUUUGAAGUCUGAUCAUUUCCUUACAGUCCUCUCUGAAGCACAAAGAAGCAUCCGACCUGACAGGAAACAUACGGUCCAAAACUACACAACCUACAGCUGUUUGCCUGAACAGUCCGUUGAAAGGCUUUACCAUUAGAGCUACCUGGGCUGUUUUUUUUUUUUGUUUUUUUUUUAUGUUUAAAAUCUUGGUUUAUUGGAUGCUAGAUGCCCUUUGCAUAGCAGCUAGCAUACUAGCAUCUAUCUCAUAGAACAUAUGAGUCCUUUAUGGGUUUAAUUAGCAUUUAGUAACUGAAUUGGACGGGUUUCAUGUGUAUCAGACGGGUUAGAGAGGAUCCACUUUUCAUUUUCACGCUGUAAACAUGCUGCAUAUGUGCUGUUUACUGGUGUUAUGUGCUUUAAGGAAUGAAGAAAAUGGAAAAGUUGCAAUGUGCUUUUUUUUUUUUUUUUUUUUUUUUUAGUUAUUAUAAUUAAUGUAAGGAACCCACAGGGAUGUCAUUACUGCUGUGGCACUUGUGAGGGGGCUUCUUGUCCUGUUUAGCAGGGUGAAAAGCCACAGACUAGCAAGAAGUGCAGAAAAGCCCAAGCCAACGGAGCGAGUGUUCCACAGUGAGGUAGAAACUUAGGUUCUCAGUUUGCUCUAAAGCAAUUGAGACUUUGAUGAAAUGGAGCGAGUCAUUCUCUUCGAGGCCAAAAAGACAUUCCAUUCUGGAUGGUCAUUGUGCUGUAUACCUGUUUGAGGGGAAGGAAAAAAAAGAGUUGGAUAAAUCACACAACGUUGAUUUACACUUUAUUUUAAGAUAAUUUUAUGUCUGUUUCUCUCUUUUUUUCAUAAAUUAGGACAGAGAAACAUUCUUUCAGCCUUGUUCUAAAUUUGUCCCCUCACACUGAAUAAUACAUGGACAGCUUUGUGUCCAGUGCGUAAGUGUAACAGGACGAUGGAAGCUUAUGUUCAAAAGCAUUUCAAAGCUUGAAAUCCUAUUUAAUUAAAUGUCUUUGUGAGCAACUACUGUCCAAAUAUGUGACUUAAACAAUGACUAGUCUAAGAUGGAAAAAAGCAUAAAUACAUUUUAUUGAGUUGUGAAGCUUAGAAUUAGUCUGUCCAUCCCCACAAAUAUGUUCUUUCAAAGCAGCUGUUGCCAUGUUGGACAAGCAUUAAAGUACAUACUUAUUUACAUCAGAUCACUGCAUUAUGUGUGGAGUCACUACAAAAACGCUGCUUUUCUGGUAUUAAAAUUGCCUGAAUUGUUGAUUUAUGGCACUGUAGCUAAACAAAACAAAGCAGGUUAGAAACAACAACAGAAUUAGGUGGCCACAAAAAGUAUUUGGACACUUUGUGCAUUGGCAAAGUUCUUUAUACCUCUUAAAAUGUGUAAAAGUGGCAAACUGAUGGUAGACUCUUUUUGUGAAGAAAGCCUGGAGUAGAAAUCAAAUCUCACUGCACUGCGAGUUAUUGUAAAACACAGAAAUGGAAACAUCAGAGCAUCGGAGUGUGUGCCUGUUUUCCAGCAAUGAUAUUGUUGUUCUUGCGUUCACUGAUGGAACCAUCAUCAGAAGUGAAUUAAGCCAUUUUGGAUGCAAACCUGCAGAAACUGCUCAAACAAUCUAGAGCACAGCAGCCAUCUUUUGUAAGAUCUUGGAACGAUCUGUUUAAAAUAAAUGACCCUUGGUUUGGCAUAAAUGUCCAAACAGUCUUUGGGCCACUAAUGUUAACAUUAGAUUGAAGAAAAAAAGAAACAACUAAAAUAUCCUAACAAUGUGAAAACUUUCAACUUGUGUAAAAUUAUAUCAUUACAAGCUGAUAAAUAUGUGUUUCUGGCAUUUUUUUUAACCUACAAGCUCUCAUUCAGUUGAAAUGCCAGCAUUCUGUAAAGCUUGUCCAACUUCCCAAGAGUUGCUGCGAAAGAACACACUCGUGGGCGGAGCCUGGAAAGGCCAGUCGGUCUAAUAUAUUACACUUUAAUGCAUUGACCUACAGUUACUUGCUUGUCGUCAGUAGAAGCGUUCCGUUAGAAACUGGACACAUGUAGGGAGGAGAAGUUACUGCAAUAUCCACUGCCAUUUAUUCCACCUGGUGCCUGGCUUUAGUUGGUAACAUGGCCUUAGAUUCCAGUUUCUAACAUCAUACCGUUCUAUCCACCACCUUCAUAACAAACUAACCUUAUAUAACAUAAUGCAGUGCUUUAAGUUAUCAAAAGAUCAUUAUAACAUUUGUUUGAAUUGUUGAUCUUCCAUUUGAGUAGUGCAUAAAGAAAAAAAAGCCACCUGAUGUUUGUAUCAUUUUGGAAAUAUUUAUUUAAUAAUGCUGUUCAUCUGCAAAUGAGAGACUGCUAUUUCUGUUUUUUUUUUUUUUCCUCUUCUGUGGGAAAUGACAAAAGCAUUAAAAACAAAGACUAAAGAAUUAUAACUUUUUUGAAAAAUCAAUUUUGUACAGUGUACAUACCGUGUUCAAAACGAUCAUAGUUUAAAUAUGUUGAGAUAUUUAUGAGUAAUCAGUAUUCACGUUCAAUCAUCUCGAAGUCUUUGGGGCCAAGGUGGGCGGGAGUGUCGACGUGGAGUUGAUGAUCAGAUGCAGGUGCAAGUGAACGGCGAUGUUAAGGAAGAGAAAUGUGAUUUUUCUUAAGAGUAGUUACGGGAUAAGAAACUGUCACUGGUUUUUCCUGAGGUGUCAUUAUGAAAAUGUCCGCAAGCGUUUGUUCUUUUGCUUUUGUCGAGUUAUUGUCGUUAUGUUUUCACCAUGUAGAACUCCAUAUGAUUCAGCCCAAUCUCAGCAUGUUUCUCAAGAAGAAUUGCAGUUCUGAAAACUCACAGCGGUAGGUUCACGUUUAUCGGAGCCUAUUCUUUCAAUAUGGGGACUUGCAAAAGCACUGCUUUGUUGUUCUUUCUUUGUGUUACAUCGACAAAAAAAAAAAGCAAUUCUAGAGACUUUUUUUCUGUCGGCGCUGACAAAAUUGUUUGGUAUUAUGUUUCUUUCAUUGUUAGUAUUGAUUAAAAACUGUUCUCUUUUGUGUAAUACACUUCUACCCUGAAUACCACCCAAAAGUCAUGUAUUGGUUUGUGAAUUGUAGUUUGGCCUUUUGUGUGGCGCAUGCUGUCUGGAGCUUGCGCUGGCAAUCAGUAAAUAUGAACAAAUUUGAGCUUAACCCAUUGGUGUCCAUAUCAGGAAUCUUCAAUGUCAUUUGGCGCAUAUGUUCUCUGAGCUUGGCCACAAAUCGGCCAAACCGUGUGGCGAAAAAAGUGAGAUCAGUAAAUUUAUCACAGUACAUUGAGUCCUCUGAUCUGAGCGUGGAAAUGCCAAAUCUAUUGUGAAGUAUGAAAUUGGAAUAUAUUCCAAAAACCUGACAUGGGUACUGGUAGAUGUUUCUUCAAAGAAAACAAGUUCUGUGGCAUAAUAAAUGUAGUUGUUGGACAUAUUGGGUAAAAAGAGCUAUAAAAAGAGAAAUAGUUAAAUGCCAUCUAGACAUGAAUCCAGAUGAAGUCUAGUCUAGUAACUUGAUAUCAUCUGGAGAUUAAUGUGAAAAAGGACUGGAUUUUAGUAUGAAGUGUCCUGUAAGAUGGAAGCUCUGUGCUUUCAAAGGCCCUUUGCACUUUUUGUUGGAUUGGCAGAGAAUUGAUUUGAGGAAUUAGUGGGGUAUAAUGGACAGAGGUGUAAAAGUAUUCAAAGAUUGUAUUAUUAUAUUUAUUGUAUGCGUGUAUGUUUGUGAGGUUACAGCCUGGCAUUUGGAGGCUGGAGUGACUUCAGGAGGCAGUGGGCUGGCGAGGGGUGUGUUAGCCUUGCACUGAACUCUACCUCUGCAUAGAGUUUUCUUUUAUUUUCUUAAAUGUAACGCUCUCUAUCUCUGUCUUUCUCUUUGGUCCCGCUCUCUCGGACGAUUCAUUUAUCUACGCUUUUCAUUUCCACUUCUAGGAUUUUUAGAUUCUACCUUUGCUGUCUUUGUACUAUUAAUGGUUUCCUGUGCUAACUGAAGAAAAUGAAAAACUGCUGUAGUUGUGAUUUCUUUUAUUUUUCUUUUAUUUUGUCUGUUUUAUGUUUAGUCAUUGGUUGUAUGCAUCUAAUUCCAGGUGUCAUUUUUGUUUUGUUGUCGUUGUUCUGAAGGUCAGCCCUCAGUAUGUGCCCACUGUGUGCCAAGCGCUGAGCCCUAUGUUUCAGCUCUGAUCUUUAGUUCACUGUAUUUUCUGUUUAGCGAAGUGAACCCAGCUCCCAUGGCCUACGCGGCAGGGCUGGAGGCUCAAAAGGCCGCAUGCAGUUUCUUACUCUCUAAACCUAUGAUUUUAACCAGUGCUCCCAGUUCAAAAAGCAAUGUUUAGAAACUGGCACAAGAAAUAAACUUUGAAAAGUUGCAAUAAAA